GCGGUGCUUGGGAAUCAGAUUGUGGAGUUUACCAUGGGGAAUUCAAAUCAUCUGGAAAUGUUGGCAAUGAUCACACUGUCCAUGCUGCCGUGCAUCACAUGGCGAGGGAUGUGGAGUCUAGCGUGCUACUGUCUAGAGAGGGUCACAAGGCAGUUUGGUUAUGAUCAAGACAUACCUUAUGCUCCUUCAUCAGACAAAACAGAUAGGAAUAAGGCCAUGGAAGAUAAUGGACAGUGGGUACUCGUCUGUCCUCCCAUUCCUGGCAUGGCAGAGGAGGAGUUUGACCAGGCUGGUACCGUUGGUGAAGAAUUUGGGCAAGAGGCAGCUGGCGGCGUCAGGGCUACAGCCAACAAGCCAAGUAAGGCUAAAGUGCCCACACCCUCCAAGGCCAAAACUGCCAAGGACAAAGAUACAAGUCGUGACAAUGAAAGUGAUGAGAGUUCUUGGGGCAAUCCAAAUCCCAAGGUGAUCGAGCAGAUCAAGAGAUUGAGACCCAUUCGUGGCGGCAGGUGUUUGGGUGAGAAGUAUUAUGAUUCAAGUGCCUCAUUCCAAUUGGCAGCUUCCAAUGAAGGCAUUGGUUCAAUCCCUAUUCCUAGUGACAAUAAAGUUCCGUCCAAAACUGAAGAGGCCAAGUGGGUGGAAGCCUUGGCAGUAAAUAUGGAGGAAGCCUUAAUGAAUCUUGAAGUUCGCCGAAAAAUUUUGGCUAGCAAAAUAGCUAAGCCUCCACUUCCCGACGACAUACUUAAUGUUGAUUGGAGUUAUCUUACAUCCUUCAAAGCAGAGUCAGCGAAGAAGGCUAAAGCCAACGACGUUCGCCACAAAAGCCUACUACGAGAAGCCCGAAACAAUGAAGACUCAGCCAGAGGUGAUGGUGUUGAAGGUGCUGAGAAGGGCAAGGCAAAGGCUACAAUAGGUGUCAGCAAAGAAAAGGGAAAUAAGGUCACUGAGGUAACCAGCUCUGAUUCUAGCGAGAGUAGCAACCAUAAAUCCAACAACAACGAUGCUUCGUUUGAGAAUGGGAAUGGUAAAAUGGACACUGGCAUGCCGACCAUGAGUUCAGUGAAGAAAAUGGCUGGCCCUGGGGAAACCAAGCAUGGUGGUCAACAGUCUGCGACCCCAGCUAAGUCAAGUAAGAUCGACGAUUUGGCCAUGAGACUACUUAAGAGUCUUGACGAGAUGAAUGAAGACAGGGAUGUCUCACUGGCUUGGUUUGGCUUGGUGCCCCUAGGUGGCUUACAAGUAGUGGGCAGGUUUACAAUGCCUGCAAUGUUGGAACCGUGGGCAUGCCACAUGUUAGACAUUUUUACAAAUCUCACAAUGCGCAGCAAGGCCAAAAAGGUGGUGGUCGACGACGCCUUCUCAAUUCUUUGUGCGACCAUGCAACAUAUGGAGGUAACUCCCUUUGCUAAAAAUGGAUGGAAGAUUUCUUCUAUCAGUGUAGAGAUGCCCUUGACGAUGCUGAGAGUAUUGACUUCGAAGUCAACGCCCUUGGCACUCAUUUAUCAAAUUUGGCAAAGGGAUAUCUUGGAAAGACCGAGUUUGGCACGGCCAAAGGUGACAUGGCCGAGGGCUUGGAUGGCUGAAUCAGGGUGCAAGCAAAGAAUAUUGCAGAGAUGUAAAAGUCUUUGGUCGAGCCAAGAGAACUUGUUGUCAAAUUGGAAGAAGGGUUGGUAUCAACCAAGGCUUACUUGGGAUCGCUCAAUCAAGAAAAGGAACGUCUGGAUUCCAACGAUGUGACUGAGCUUCACCAGGCCUGUAUGGAGGUUGCCAAAGCCUUUGGAGAUGAGCCCAGCCCCUUUCUACCAUGAAUCAGCCUUGCAUCCCCAGCUUUCUCUUCAUUUUUUUUAUCCCUUUUCUUUUAUGGUACGUUGAUUGUUGGCAAUGUUGCCAUGCUUUAACUCUUUAGCCACGUUUGCUAUGGGUUGAACAUCUCUGCUUCCAACAAAGUCUGGACCUUGUU